UAAGUUACACAAUUUAAUACCACCACAGGUUUAGUACAAAUUCUUAAUUGGUCUGUUUCGCGUCUUUUGCGUUCUGCAAAGCUUGCGUCAAAUACAGCUUCGCGAGACUCUGCGAACAAAACUGACUGAUGUGCUGGCUGUAAGUGUUGAUCUGUCCAGCGAGGAUCAUGGGGUUCAGCCUUGGUGGAACCGGUAAGGGCUUGAAUAGCUUGUUCACAUCUUCUUCGGGUAGUGGAGGCUCGUCUUUAACGGCCCUGGCUGCGUUUUCUUGAGCCCUCUUCACUAACCACCGAUGCUUGUCUUGCUGUUGACGGACAACUAACUGUUGGUAUCUGUUAAACUUGAUGGCUUCUUGGUUGAGGUCAUCAACUCGCUCCAUUAGGCUCCUGAGUUGGCCUAAAAGUACCGAUGCCGUACCAAGGUCCAAAAAUUUGGAACCCUGUUCCUCUGGAAUCAUUUCUUGAAGUUCAGACAUCAUAAUGUUGGUGAGUGGAGAGUUUCGAAUCACAAUUGGCACCUCAAUGAACAGGCUCUCGUAGCCAAUCUUGAGAUUUCGAAGCGCCUCUGGAGUAUAAUCUCCUUCUUUAUACAUUGCAAUAGCCUGAGGAGUUAACCGAUAGGCUUUAAGAGUAAGGAAUCCUCUUGCAGACUUCUUUGUGUCAUAAAUUACAACAACACUUUCUUCAAUGGAGGUCUGAUAGUGGUAUUGUGACUCAAGAAGAGAUUGACUCAAAAAAUUGCCAACAUCAGCACUCUGAUACCAUCCUACAUGGAAAUGAUCAACAUUGACUCUGCGCAGUCUUCGCAUCAUGUCUAAUUGAUACUCUUCUUCAUCCAUAGUGUCAUCGUGCUUUGGAAAUGGGAAGCAGUUGGUUAUCUCUAGCCUGUUUUCAACUACCAAUCCCAAGAGGGCACCUUGAGCUACCUCCAUGUUGCUACAUGACUCUUCAUGGCAAUGUUUCACAAUUUUCAUCACAGCCUAAAAUCACAUUGCACAUAAGUAAUCGCUGCUUCAUUUUCUGGAAUUCUUCUGGCAGAACCACCGCGAUUCGCCAUUUUUACCGAAAAACGUAAAUGGAAAGAAAAAAAACCAAACCCAAAGCAAGUGAACGACACUUAACGACAGAUGCGAUAAUUUGACAGUUGACAUUAUUUUUAGUAAAUUCUUGUCCGAUUUCAUAAAGGCAAAGAAGCUAAAAUCACAUGUUUUUAUUGUUUUACUAAUCUUUUGGAUGUGACCCAUAAUACUUCUGCUUCUUUAAGUGUUUGGGGCAAAAUUUUAUGUAGGUAUCGACUCAGCUUUUAGAGGCUUCUUUCUGUGGGGUAUUUGUAUUUAUAGCUAUUAACGGGAUUGUUACCAUGUACCUUGUUUUUUAUGAGAUCAUGGCGCUUGCAACAGUGCCGAAAUAUCGGAGACUCAUAAAAAACAAGAUACAUGGUAAUAAUCCAUAAUGUUAGUGACCAUGAAAGUUUAAAACAAUAUAUUUGUAUUUAGCGCUACAAUAAGGUUCGCACUUCCACUUGAUGUCUAGGCUGUAAGGACGAAGUAUUCUUUACUUUUAAUAUUCAGGAGAAAUUCAGAAAAAUAUCAGUGUCAAAGUCAUUCCUUCAGCUCAGCACAGCACAGAGAGGCCCCAUUGUUUUCGAUCCAAAAUACUUUAAAUAAAUUUUAUUUGUUUAUGAUAUCUAAAAUGUGUAGAAAUGUGUAUUCAAAUUAUGUUUCACAAAUAUAGUGCUAGCUGUGCAUUUCUUUCAAAUGUUUUAUAUUAUAUGCAGCUGCGUUUCAAAUAAAGAUUAAUUUUUACUCUUACAUUCCGAUUGAUUAUAAGAAAAGUGUUUAUCAAAUAAUGAGUCAACAUAAAUUUUGGAGAGGAAUAGAAGCAUUGAACACCUGUUCAACACAACAAGUACCUGAAAAGAUUGUGAAGCUUUGUUCAUUAGGCACAUCAUUUAUUGUGUUAGGAAAUGAUCAUGGUCUGUACAGUUGUGACAUUGAAGAUCUUCUAGUUUUUAGAAAAAUAAGUGGUAUUUCUGCAAUAGACAUAUCAUAUCAUGAAAAUAUCCUAUAUAUCAUUGAUGUACAUGGUCGUCUUUACAAAACCAAUCCUAAUUUUAAAAACAAAGAAGAAAUUGUUGUUAAAGAAGAUGCCAAGUGUUGCCCUCACGGCUUCAGAAGCUCAAGUUGUAAAGUAAGAUUUAGAAAUGUUGUAUCUAGUGACUUUGGCCAAUUGUUUAUAAGCAGUGAUGGUCAGCUAUGGGGCUGUGGUAUAAUGCCCCAAAUUGGCUUAGAAAGUAGUGCUAUAAAAAAAGUUUUGUUCUUUGAGGGUAGAACAGUGUACAGUGCUUCAGUUGGUCAAAAUUUUGCUGCAGUAAUAGCAAGGAAGAAUGUGAAACGCUCAGGUAACUGUGACACAGACAGUGACAAUGAAGAUGAAGAAGUAUUUGCUUCCAAUUGCUCUCAAUGCCAAACCAUAAUAGGCCUAGCUUCUCCUGCUUCUGUGCCAUCCCUUUCUGAAACCUGUCCACUUGGAGUACAAAUCAGUAAAUCUAGUGAAGACUCAAGUAGUACUACUGCACCUCAAACUGAUGUACACAUUGAUGCCCAUAGCCUUACAGAAGAUUCUAGUCCUUCAUCAGAAGAAUCAAAAAUAGCUAGAAAUAAUGCUUCUCAAAAAAUUAAUAACCCAGACCAAGACAAAACUUCAGAUACAAAAUCAUGUGAGGAUAAUGCUGAUAACACAGAAAAAGAUAAUGAUUUAACAAAUGUAAAUUCAGAAAAGAUUAAUAACAUUUUUUACAACACAGAUGCUGCUAGGCAAUUUUUAAGCAGACAGUUGUCCUGGGUGUCUGCUGGCGAGGAUUAUUUAGUAGAGUAUACAGAAAAACCUACUAGGAUAAUAAAAGAAAAUGUAUCUAAUCUAACAAAUUUUGUAUAUGAAGGAGUAAAGACAGUUGGGGAUAAGGUGGCAACUUUAUCACGGCAUGUGAGUGGUAGUAGUGAUAAUAAUGAAAUUGUAGAGCUUCAAAUGAGAAACCACCUUGAAGAAUUCAACUCACUGACAAUGUAUAGUUGCACAUCUAAUUGUAAUUUAGAAGAUUUACAAUUUUCCACAAGUACCAUCAGUAGUGAGAAAGAGUUUGAAGCUGCUAGAAAGAAGGAAAACCUCAAAAACAUGUCUAAACUUGGAAAAAACAUAUUGGCAACUGAAUUAUGGACUUGGGGAGACAUAUCAUAUGGACAAUUAGGUAUUGGUGAUACUGUCAAAAGGCUGAAACCUAUGGUAGUUAUGAGUUUAUCAGGCUAUGGUUUACAGAAAGUCUCAUGUGGUAAAUGGCACUGUUCAGCUCUUACUUUAGAUGGCAGACUGUUCUUAUGGGGAUAUAACCAUUUUCACCAAGUAAGCUUUGAGUCGAGGGCAGACAAGAGUGGGCCUAAACAAUUUACUGAAAAUUCUGACAGUGACAGAGUGAGAGAUAUGAUAGCAACUGAUCACCAUACUCUAGCAUACACCCAUAAUGAAAACAUUUUCUAUAUGGGAAAACAUACAGAAGGAUACACAGAAGCCAUUGUGAAUUUGAACAAAAAAGAUGAGAAUUGUGAGGCUAUUGAAAAUGGGAAAGAUGAAGAUGUUGACACUGAAAAUGAACAUAAAAAUUAUACAAAUAAAUCACAACAAAAUAUGUGCUACCAUUGGAGAAUAUUAUCUUCAGGCAAUAUUAGCUAUUGUUCUCUCGAAGAGACUUUAACAUGCCCAGAGUUUCAGGAUCUUUCAAUUGCUCAAAGAUAUCUUGAAGAGAUGCUGUUAAUAUAUCAUUCUCUUAUCAAACCUUUUCUGAAGAAAAGUAAGAUAAUCACCACACAUUCCAUUAUAUAUGAAACUGUUUGUGAUAUUUUUAGUGACAUUUUAAACACAACUGCCCUAAAUGUGCUCUCAAUAUGGCAGUAUGCUGAAAAGCAUAUAAAUGAAUGUGAUAUAUCCUUAAUUAAAAAUUUAGAAGAGUAUAUUUAUUUGUACAGAAAGUAUUAUGUAGCUAUAAGCAAUUUGAUUGUUAUUGGUGGUUUUUCUCAAAUCAACAACAUUGUUGAGGUUCCAACAAGUGUCUUCAACUUGUUUAGUGAUCAGCUCCCUACAAAUAAACAGAAAAAUAACAAAAAAACUUCAGAAGCCAUAGUAGCUCUAGCUUUUGUGCAACCAUUAACAAGAUUAAGCUCUUACAAGUAUAUAGCUCAGUCUUUAUUAAGGUGUAAAUCGAAAAGAAAAAAUAUUGAUGCCAAAGCUUACAUUGAUGACAGAUUAAACAAGGUCAUUUCAUCCUUGGAUUCAUUAAUAGAGGAACAAGAGAAGAAGCGAAAAGAAGCAGAUCUUACAAAGCUUUUUUGGGACACAAUAGGAAAAAACUUGGAGCAAUACAGAACUCCUGAAAGGCGACUAGUUCGUGAGUCAAAACAUCGCCCUCUCAAUCUAGUCACACCUGGCAGAUUCUCAUCCCAUUGGUUCAUUUUAUUCAAUGAUUUAUUUCUACAUAUUGUUGGUAGCACUCCUAAUGCGCAUCCUCUGGAUACAUUGUGGGUAGAGCCUGUUGCUAACACUGAUUCCACACAAAGUACUAUUCAGCUCAUAGCACCAGAAGAAACUUUAUCUGUAACUACAAAUAGUGAGCAAGAAAAAACCGAAUGGAUACACUCUCUGAACACUUCAAUCAGAUCUGUACUAAAUAAAGACUCUGUGUUCAAACCACCAGCAGCUAGAACAGCAAAUUACACAUUUUCGAAUAAAAACACCUUUUUUAAAGAAGCUAAAUACAAUGGCAGGUGGUUGGAUGGUAAAAUGCAUGGACAUGGCAAAAUAGAAUGGCCAGAUGGUAAAUUGUAUGUUGGACAAUUUCAAUCAAAUACUCUUUGUGGUCAUGGCAAGAUGGAAAUUCCAGCAAUAGGCACAUACGACGGUCAAUGGAAGGACAAUCUUCAAAACGGCUAUGGAAUAAUGAAAUACAUCUCAGGAGACGUGUACGAAGGUUAUUUCCAAGACGGGCAACCCCACGGUCAUGGCAUCAGGAAGCAAGGGGACUUCACCUCAUCCUCAGCCACUAUUUACACGGGAGAAUGGUCUAAUGGCGUCAAACACGGCUAUGGUGUCAUGGAUGACAUAGGCAAAGGCGAGAAGUAUUUAGGCAACUGGAGCGACAACAAAAAACACGGCUGCGGUCUCAUUGUGACGUUGGACGGCAUUUACUAUGAAGGAUUAUUCAUGCAGGAUGUGCUUACGGGUCAUGGUGUAAUGGUGUUCGAAGAUGGCACCCACUACGAAGGGGAGUUCCGUGCUGCUGGCGUAUUCUCCGGCAAAGGCAUUCUUACAUUCUCCAGCGGAGACAAAAUAGAAGGCUCUCUUAACGGCGCGUGGACGGAAGGCGUCAAAAUAUCCAAUGCCACGAUGCAUUUGAAUGUAUCUAACCCAGUGCUGCCGUCCAAUUCUAAACCUAACUCUUUUGGGACACUCAGCGUGGCACCGCAUCAAAAAUGGAAUGCCCUUUUUCGGCAAUGCUUUCAAUGCUUAGGUGUAUCAGAAACGGUACUCACUCCGACUGCCAGCCAUUUUGCUAAUGGUCCUUCGGGGCCUACCAUAGACAACUCUAAGAUUUGGCAGAAUGUCGCUGUUUCCAUAUCGUGUUCCCAUAAAGAGAAACAUAACAACUCCCUGAAGCGAAGGAAAAGCAACGAUCUAGAGAAAUCGGUGGAUUGCUUAGAAGUUAUACCGAAGUUUGGGCAAACGACGCUUUCGUUGAGUGACUAUAUAGAACUGAAACAGUAUCUGCAAAAUGCUUGUGAUUCCAAUCAUCACCCUGUAGGGCAACUAGUAAUAGGAUUAACAAACGCCUUUAACACAACCUACGGGGGCGUCAGAGUUCACCCUUUACUGUUAAGUCACGCAGUCAAAGAACUGAAAAGCAUCACCUCCAGGUUGUACCAGGUCGUCAGAUUGUUGUUCCCCGCCUUGCCGCAAGAGGGCACUGAACUAGUCAUUCCGUAUAGGACAACAGAAGGCGAAGAUCACGAAGACCAGAACAAUCCUAUUGAUGGCGAGGUGGUAUCAUGUUCGUCGCUACUUCAAGCAGCCUUAUUACCUCGAGUACAUCCAGCUCUAUUCGUUUUAUACGCGCUUCACAACAAACGUGAAGAUGACUUAUACUGGCGACGCCUGCUCAAGUGGAACAAGCAGCCCGACCUCACGCUAAUGGCCUUCCUCGGCAUCGACCAGAAAUUCUGCGUAGCCCAAAAAAGCGGCAACCACCCUUCGUCGCCGCCCCUCGGCCCCCUGAAGGAACAGCUGUUCCAAGAGGCGGUAGAAACGCUGCAGCAGCUCAAGACCACGUUCUCCCCUAUAGAGAAGCUACUGGUCAUCCGCAGCACCUUCCAGAAGAUGACCACGGCCGUGCAGCAAGAGUUAGGUGCCAAUUACCUAUGGAGUAUGGACGAGUUGUUCCCCGUGUUCCACUUCGUAGUGGUGCGCGCGCGCAUCCUGCAGCUCGGCUCGGAACUCCACUUCGUCGAAGAUUUCUUGGAGCCAGCGCUGCAUCGAGGCGAAUUGGGACUCAUGUUUACCACGCUCAAAGCCUGUUACUUUCAAAUACUGCAAGAAAAGAUGUCUAUUAACUAAACGAGAUGGCAACGACGAAACGGAAAGAUUAAACACACUGAUCUCACAGCACUUGCGUCAUAAUAUAAUAUUUUAUAUUUAAACAUACCUAAUAUAAUUGGUAGCUUUCGCAAUAAUUUGCUAAGUCCAAUAACGCUAGUUGUUCAAUUGUAGUUAAGAAAGUAAUUUUGCUGUCGUAGUAACUUAAUGUUGUUUAGUACAUAAUUCAUUGAGGAGCCGAUAAAAUUCUUGCUUGUAAGGUACUUCCAUAUAGCUCAUACAUGUAUUUAUUCACACAAAAUCACAAAACUAAACCGGUUGUGAUCUAACCUAUCCUACUUAAAAAGUUGACAGUUUAACAGAAGAUUAAAUUAUAGAAGUGAAUCAAAAUGGAUUAAUAGUAGGGAAUGUAAAUUCGUGAUCGUUUAUUAUUUCCAAUGGAUUGAUAUGAUAUUUGGUUUGUUAUAUCCAGGAUAUAUUCGAUAGUACUAAGUAUAUAAAUGCUGUGUGGGAGUACCUGUUUAUUAGUACUGUGUAUUCCUCGUCUUUUCCGUCCCUGUGGGAUGUUGCAAGUUUGUAAGACGACUAUCUAUAAAACAUGAUGGCAUAGUGCAGUCGUAUUGAUCACCUAAUUUGCAGAUUUAUGGCAGAACUACACUUAUCUGUCGUAUUGUGUUGUGACGCGUCAGAGAAGUAUUGGUUUAAUACAAUUAAAAUGGUUAGAAUUAUAUUAAAGUCAGUCCAUUUUAAUAGGAAACAUUUGACGUCUGCCAGUUUUAUCUUCAUAGUGAAGUGACCUGCUUAAAAACAUCGAUUAAAGUGAAUGAAUCGAUACGGACUUAAAACUUAAGUGAAUUUUAAUAAUUCAUCAAUCGAAUCCCUGUCUCCUUAUUUUUUCUUUUGGAAAUUUAAGGAGCAUAAUAAGACAAGUACAUAAUUUAACAAACAAAUGCAUUUAUUCUGUUUAACUAUCAAAACUGUUAAUAGUAUUAUUAUCUCCAUCACUGCUGUCAGCACUAAGAGAUAUUAUUAAUUCAUUUUUAAAUAAAUUGUACCUAACUAAAAUAUCAAUAAAUAUAAUUAUGUUUUAAUUUAAUCACAACGUGGCUAUUAAUUUAUGGUGAUAUUUCUUCACAAGAAAUCAUUGCUUUCGAUACUUAGAGUAACAUCCCUAGUGUUUAAAAAGAGAAAAGGUUAACUGACGCAACAUUGAAACGACGUUCAGUUCUUUAGAUCAGAAAUUGUUUAUUAUGUUUAGAAUGGUUUAUUAGUGAAAGCAAAUCGUAAAAUUACUCGUAUCGGUCAUUAUUAUGUAAUUGUAAUUGAAAAAAGUUAAGCAAUUGUGCAGUUCUUAUUUUAUGCCCGCCGUUACAAGGUUACGUUGUUGAAUUUUGAUGAAUUGUCAAAUAUUACCUAUUGGAAUGGCCUGACUAUAGUGUGUUGACACCGUACUCACUCUAACCGCAAAAAAAUUGCGAAACAGAUAGCUCUCUGACGCAUCACGAUCACGCCAGCAUUUAUUCACUACUCUUUACUUUUAAAACCGAUAGUAAACUCCGUCGUGUCGUGUUCUCCUCUACAGCAUUAUCACUAUGUAACUUAGAGUAGGAUAGACAAUGAGGGUUUUCUGGAAUGACCGGCGCCAGGUGGCAGCACAGUCGAAAGUUCUACUCAUCUGUCAAAUCGCGUAUGUCAUAGUCCCAUAGACUAUUAUAGAAAGAUUCUCAGUGAUUGAUCUAGUCUUGAGCAUAGUUAGAAAGUGAUAUCGCUAUAUAUAGCACAUAGCAACAUCCUUUUCUAACUGUACUCAAGUAAAGAUCAACACUUAGUUGUCAUCUGUAAUACGGACCUUUAGAUUCAUUUAAACGCGAUCGUUUGAAUAAUUCGCGUCAAAAUCUUCUUACAACAGACCUCACGCCACAGUGGCGCCAAGUGGUGACGCGAAUUAUCUUAAACACCCUCAGGACAACAGUGAAGAAAUUAUGAUCGAGACUAAAAUGGUACCGCAGACUGCUUAACAUAAGCAAUAAACUGUAAAAUUUAAGCCUAUUUACUGCAUCAGUGGCCCUUGGUGUUGUUGAAGUGAAAAAUGAGAAAUUAAUAUUCUGAUUUGCUCAACCUAUCUUAUUGCAGGGCCGUAGCUAGAGUUGAAUUCAAGAUAUGGUGGGUAUAAGCGUAUUUUAGAUCUGGCGCACAUAAACGUAUUUUAGAUCUGGCGCCCUACCUAAGAUUUGACCCCCCCUCCCCCUAGAAUUAGUAAAUCGAAUAAAAAAUGGGUCAGUUAUUAAUGUCUGGCUUCCGGUGGCAGCCCAGUUUUAAGAGAAUUGUCCCUUAAUGCCCCCACUGGCUACAGCCCUGUCUUACUGCUGAUAUGCAAAGACAAAAUAUUUCCCCAAAACAGCACGCGUAAAUGCCAUACUUCUUGGAAGAUAACAUGGGAGGGCGCCUGUUCUCAUGAGUUUUAAUUAAAGAUUGUGGAGAUGCUAACAAGCUACCAUUACUCUUUUUAAAAUUUCCUUUUGUUUUGGAGUAUUUUAUAAUACAUAUUUUAUUGUGAAUUUUUGACAACAGAGGUAGCUGCUGUCGCAUGAUGGUCUUUUGGUUACGCAUGAUCUUAUUUUAUUUAAGUACCUAUCAGUUAAAUUAACGUUCCCUCGUGUCUGUAAAUGAAAUUUGGUGAGAUUUUGCUCCCCACUCACCACUUCCAUGUUAAGAACUCACGUGAAAAACCCUAACAGAUACUGACUACAGGUUCAACACUCGUAAUUGAGUCAAUUUUUAAUGCAAUUUAUUUAAAAUUACUGUUUCCUAUAUAUUUAGAAACGUGUCUUUUGCGUGAUAUAUAUUGAUAAUAUAAAAUUUUAUUAGCUUGUUCAUUGGGCUUUGUAUUUUAAAACUUGUAAUGUAUUAUUCAAUUAUGCCCCAAUAUUGUAUAUUGGAAAAUAUUUUUUAUAAUACUCAUAGAUAUAGAUGUUUAAUUCCAUGUUAUGAAAUUAGGUUUAGAAAAAGAAUUAUUCGUUAAUUUUAUUUAAUUAUACAGAAAGGCUGUGUUUUAAAAAAAAAUAUUUUGUUCCAAGUAGCCUUUUUAUGAUGUGAUUUUAAAGUGCCAAUAUUGUCUUGUUUGGCUGGACGACAUGUAUUUAUUAAUUGAACAAAUCCCUUAUCAUAUACGAUUUAUUUCUUUAAUGAGGCUCGAAUCAAAAAUCUGAGCAACAUGAAAAAAACACAGUGGAUUGAAUAAAAUUACCUGUAUUAUUUAAUUUGGAAAGAUCGUCAAACACGAGAAUGACUAAACAGCAAAUAUAGUUGAAGCAUGUAGAAGCCGAAGUAGGCUAAGACUAACCUAUCACAAUGAAAUUGUUCUCAUUGGCGCUGGUGGGCGUGAAUGAAAAGAGCUAUGAAUGCAUGAAGCGAAUGAUGUUUGUAAGCCGCGCUUUUUGGUGCUCUGCUGUCUCUAGUUUUUUUCUGAUUGGCACGCGUUAAUGUGUGUGUAAUCAAUUUAAUUUUGUUAUUUUAUUUUUAUAUUCAGAUUAUUUAUUUUUUUACCAAAGAGAACAAAUGAGAUAUUUUUUAAUUUAUAGACGUCACAGGCUUUCAAGAUUAUAAAUAAGUUUUCCGACUAACUUAGCCAAGCAUUGCGGUUUCUUUAUUAGAAAUACUAAUUCAAGUUGAAACGUUUCUAAGUACGCGUAAGUAUGCUAUUUUUGUAUAAGGGCUAUAUUUUAUGUUAUUUUUUUAUUUCUGAACUGUACUAAUUAUAAUCUAAGAUUGUUGAUUACAAGCAUGUUAAUGUUUAUUGAAAAUUUGGUAUUUCUGCCUAUAUUGGUAUGUAUUGUUUCUCUGCCCAUAGGAGGCUAGAGGGAUCUAAAAAAAUAUUAUCUAUUUAAUCAAAUGUCACUUCAUGUUUAUGCAAUUACGCUAUGACGUAAACAAAACAAUGUAUUAAUUUAAUGCUAUUAGUACAUACUACUGUUGCUGGUUUUUUUUCUUUUUGUGUGGAACAAACAAACCCAAAGGUCAUUAGUACAAAUCGAAAAUUUGUAAUUUACUAUAGUUAAGAAACUUACCGGAUAAGACUACCAUUGAAACCACCAUUAUACUAUUUAUUUUGUAACGAUAAAUAUGAAUACGUAUGAAUGAGUUGUCUGUUGUAACUACUCACCAUAUCAAAGUUUUAAGUACUUAUAGUAUUAAUUGUAAAGUUGGAAAUAUAUUUAGCGUACUUAUCAUGUUAUAGUGUAUUAUGAAAGUGCGAGUUUGAAUCUUAUUGAAACAUUUAAACUUUAAUAAAGUUCUCAGAAAAGAUAUUUGUUUAUUUUUACUCACAUAAUCCAGACCAACAUGAGGCACUUAAUGACAACUU